AGAGGUCAAAGGAAGAGAGGCAAAGGUUGAAAGUUCGAAUAUAUAUGUAAGAGAGUGGAAAAGUUGAUCAUGAAUAAGGAAGUGAUGGAAGAAGAAGGAGAUUCAUGGAAGAGAGAAAUGAGGAAGGAGAUGAAGAAGGUGAGAAGAAUAGCAGCUCCAAUGGUGGUUGCAAGUGUGUUGCAGUAUCUUCUGCCAGUCGUGUCUCUCAUUAUGGUUGGCCAUCUCAACCAGCUUUCUCUUUCGAGUGUUGCAAUUGCAACCUCUCUCACUAAUGUUUCUGGUUUUAGUGUACAGUCAGGGAUGGCUGGUGGAUUGGAAACUUUAUGUGGGCAAGCAUUUGGAGCAGAACAAUAUGAAAAAUUUGGACUAUACACUUACACUGCCAUUAUAUCUCUUUCUUUGGUUUCUGUUCCAAUCACUGUUCUGUGGAUUUUCAUGGACAAAAUAUUGAUCCUCUUACACCAAGAUCCAAUGAUAGCCCUCCAGGCUCGUAAAUAUGCCCUUUGGCUCAUACCUGCUUUGUUUGGUUCUGCAAUUCUCAAACCCCUCACACGAUUUUUCCAGACCCAGAGUUUGAUUUUUCCCAUGAUUCUAAGCUCUGCUCUAGUUCUGUGCUUCCAUGUCCUUACAUGUUGGAUCCUAGUGUUUAAAUUGGAGUUUGGACAUGUCGGCGCCGCAAUAGCAUUCAGCUUUUGUGUUUGGUUGAAUGUGAUGUUGUUGUUGUCCUUUGUGAGGUUUUCCUCAGCUUGUGACAAAACACGCGUGCCUUUCUCCAUCAAAGCAUUGCUUGGCCUUGGAGAGUAUUUUCGUUUUGCUGUCCCUUCAGCAGUCAUGGUUUGUCUUAAAUGGUGGGCCUGCGAGAUACUUGUUCUGCUUGCUGGAGUUUUUCCUAACCCAAAGUUGGAGACAUCAGUUCUAUCUAUAUGCUUGACAAUCUCCACAUUACAUUUCACCAUACCCUAUGGCUUUGGAGCUGCUGUUAGCACUAGAGUUUCGAAUGAACUAGGAGCAGGGAAUUCAGAAGCAGUUCGAAUGGCUGUUUCUGCAACGAUGUUGAUUGCAGUGAUAGAUGGUCUCAUUGUAUGUGCAGUGCUAUACAGUUGCAGAUAUGUGUUGGGUUAUGCCUAUAGCGAUGACCGUGUGGUUGUUCAUUACGUGGCUGUUAUGACCCCUCUGCUUUGUCUCUCCAUUUUUACUGACAGUUUGCAAUCAGUUCUUUCAGGUUGGUUAUGCCCCUUUGAGUACUGAUAUAUUUCAGAUCAU